AUCACGAGCGUUGACCAAAAAUCGACUAGGUGUUGCGCAAGGUCCAGUUACAAGAUAAUCGAGUGAUGAUAUACACACACGCUAAUUCCAGUUUCUGAAAGCAAAGGGUUUUGUUCAAUUGAUAGCUUGAAUUUGCGAAUGGACGGCGAAGAGCUCACCGAGCAGGAGACCGCCUUGUACGACCGCCAGAUUAGGGUUUGGGGUGCUAAUGCUCAAAGAAGAUUGACCAAAUCUCAUGUCUUGGUAUCUGGAAUAAAGGGGACUGUUUCUGAGUUUUGCAAGAACAUUGUGCUGGCAGGAGUUGGUAGCGUGACCUUAAUGGAUGAUCGUUUGGUGAACGAGGAGGCCCUGAACGCAAACUUCUUAAUUCCGCCUGAUGAAAACGCUUAUCGUGGUAAAACUGUUGCUGAGAUUUGCUGUGACUCACUCAAGGAUUUUAACCCUAUGGUCCGUGUUUCUGUAGAGAAAGGUGAUUUGUCAACACUUGGAACUGAAUUUUUCUCGAAGUUUGAUGUUGUGGUUAUAGGCUAUGGUUCUCGUGCUACCAAAAAAUCUGUCAAUGAAAAAUGUCGGAAAUUAGUCAAACGUGUGGCAUUCUAUACAGUCGAUUGUAGAGACUCAUGUGGUGAGAUCUUUGUCGACCUUCAAAAUUACAACUACACAAAGAAGAAGCUUGAAGAGACAGUGGAAUGCGAACUAAAUUUUCCGAGUUUUCAGGAAGCUAUAUAUGUACCAUGGAAACCGAUGCCUCGGAGAACAGCAAAGCUCUACUUUGCUAUGAGAGUAAUAGAAGUAUUUGAGGAGAGUGAAGGGCGUAAACAUGGAGAAUGUUCACUACUCGAUCUUGCCAAAGUCCUGGAAAUCAAAAAGCAACUUUGUGAGGCAAAUUUUGUGAGCGAGAGCCAUAUACCAGAUAGUCUCUUGGAGAGACUAAUCACUGGUACUAUUGAAUUCCCACCAGCUUGUGCCAUUGUCGGUGGAAUAUUAGCUCAGGAGGUGAUCAAAGCAGUAUCAGGCAAAGGAGACCCUUUAAAGAACUUCUUCUUCUUUGAUGGUGAAGAUGGAAAAGGUGUGAUGGAAGAUAUUUCUAACUCUUUUACCUCUUAGUUAGUAUUAAGUGUUAUAACCUGUGACUCCUAAAUUUCAAUUGACUCUGAUGUUUUAUGAGAUUCUAUUUAUAACUCAAUCGUUUCUUUGCUUUACAUUAUGAACGUAUUAAUGCAAAAAUUAUUCUGGAA